UUGUGUCUGUCUAUUGGUCUUUGGACGUGCCCGAGUUGGUCCAAAAGCAAAAUCCGAAAAUCGCCAGCGAUUGUCAUCGUCCGCCUCGAACAACUGGGUGAGAAUCACGGCACCAGUCGAUCGCCGACCACCAAUCUCUCUAUUAGCCUAGCCGUUCGCAAUCAACAAAACAAAGGCGGAGCAAAAAUAUAUGAACUUGGUAAGGCGCAAGAGAUCAUGAAAGAAGCUUGUUCACCCAAGAGUCAAAAUACGGAAUUAGGUCAUGCUGAUGAUAAGCAGGAGGAGGUUAUUGUUGCGGUAGAGCCGGUGGAAGAGAAGCUAUAUGUUUCGGAGGAAUCGGCGGUGGAUCAUGCAGGACCUUAUGUGCCGGAUACGAGCCGAUUACUUCCUCCUAACAGCAAAUUUCAUAAGCUACUGCAGUCGUGUGCAUAUAAUGGCUCAGAUUCCGAUGACGACGAUGAGAAAGAUCAAGCAUUCAGGAGAAAGGAAACUACCCUAAUUGCCCAACGUGCUGUGAAAUUUUUCAACAAUAAGAAUGUAUUUUAAUCUACUGGUUCCCCUACUUCAAUCCCUUUGUCUGAAAUGCUUACGUGAUGAUCCCGAUUAAUUGUUUGUUUGGUUGAUUGGAUUUGAACAGGGUACCAACUAUGUGGUUGUUGAGGCUCUGUUUAGUCGUUCGGUACUGUUUAAUCACGCAAUUGUAUGUCAUGCUAACUUUACUGCCAAGGAGGAGAAUGGCACGAACAGUACUCUGUUGUUUUUUGCAGAGACGCUCAAAUACUACGGGCAGGGAGCCUUUCGCGUUCUGGAUUGUAUCAACUUGAGCGCUUUUGAAAAGGAUCUUCUCUGCAAAGGUUGUGUCUAUUGCCAAGAAGCUUGCUUUCAUCCUCCUAUGAAACUUUGCCAAUAUGGUGCGAAUGAGAUGAAUGAUCAUAACAAGUUUUUAUACAACAAGGUGUCUGACUCCGGAUCUUCUGACUCAGAUGAAGAAGGCAAUUGAUGGCAACCUGCUGAAGUAGUAAAAUUCAUAGAUAUAUAUGUUGGUAGCCACUGAUGGAUCGACCAAAGAUUUGGUUAUAACUUAUAUACUCUAUAUAUAUAUGCUGGUGUCUAGAUGAGAUUAAAACUUCUUUCGAUGUUGGUAUAUGUGUUAUUAUGUAUUGUGCGAUAUUAGUAGUAGUCAAAGCAGUUCCAUCAAUUUCGGUAGGUAUAUUUGUGAUCCAGAUUGUAUUUUGGUUUAUGACCGACUAAAAUAUUGAUACCAGCUUAUUGCUCAACCAGUAUUAUGGUUAUCGAUGGUAUGAAAUCCUCUCCCCAUGCCAUUA